UUGUUCCCGCUCGGCUCUCGCCUCCCGGCGCGCGGUGAGCGCCGGCCCUGAGUCGCGAGCCCUCGGGGCCCUCGGCGGGCUGCGGGCGCAUCCAGGGCGCCCGGGUCUCCUCCCAGCGCAUCCAGGGCGCCCGGGUCUCCACGCAGAGCUGGAGCUCUUGCGCCCGGCGCCACCCAGGCCCCGCCUCGCCCGGCGCGGAACCGGGGCAGCCAGCUGGGAGCCGCCGGGAGAAGAGGCAGGCGGAAUGCGGGGCCCGCUCGGGAUUCCGCAAAGGGAAAGGGAAAGCGAAAGCCGCGCGUCGGGCCGGUGACGCGGUGAAGGCGCCGCGCACUCCUCCAGAAGCAGGCGGUACCCGGACCUGCCUUCGCGGGCCUCCGGCCCAGCCCGGCACGCGGCAGCCAUGGCCAUCGCCCACCUGGCCACGGAGUACGUGUUCUCAGACUUCUUGCUGAAGGAGCCCACCGAGGCCAAGUUCAAGGGGCUGCGGCUGGAGCUGGCCGUGGACAAGAUGGUCACGUGUAUCGCUGUGGGACUGCCGCUGCUGCUCAUCUCGCUCGCCUUCGCGCAGGAAAUCUCCAUAGGUACCCAAAUAAGCUGCUUCUCUCCAAGUUCUUUCUCCUGGCGUCAGGCUGCCUUUGUGGAUUCUUACUGCUGGGCUGCUGUGCAGCAGAAGGGCUCCCUGCAGAGCGAUUCUGGAAACCUCCCACUGUGGCUGCAUAAGUUUUUCCCCUACAUCCUGUUGCUGUUCGCCAUCCUCCUGUACCUGCCACCCCUGUUCUGGCGUUUAGCUGCUGCUCCUCAUAUCUGCUCAGACUUGAAGUUUAUCAUGGAAGAACUUGACAAAGUUUACAACCGUGCAAUUAAGGCUGCAAAGAGUGCCCGUGACCUUGACCUGAGAGACGGUGCCUGCACGGUUCCAGUUGUCAGUGAGAAUACAGGGCAAAGUUUGUGGGAGAUAUCUGAAAGCCACUUCAAGUACCCAAUUGUAGAGCAAUAUUUGAAGACGAAGAAAAACUCCAAUAAUUUAAUCAUCAAGUAUAUUAGCUGCCGACUGGUGACACUCACCAUCAUAUUGUUAGCGUGUAUCUACCUGGGCUAUUAUUUUAGCCUGUCUUCACUGUCAGACGAAUUUGUCUGCAGCAUCAAAUCAGGGAUCCUGAAAAAUGACAGCACUGUCCCUAAUCAGUUUCAGUGCAAACUCAUUGCUGUUGGCGUCUUCCAGUUGCUCAGUUUCAUUAACCUUAUGGUAUAUGUUCUGCUGACGCCUGUGGUCAUCUACACACUGUUUGUUCCAUUCCGACAGAAGACAGAUGUUCUCAAAGUAUACGAAAUUCUGCCUACUUUUGAUGUUAUGCAUUUCAGAUCCGAAGGGUACAAUGACUUGAGCCUCUACAACCUUUUCUUGGAAGAGAAUAUAAGUGAACUCAAGUCAUACAAGUGUCUGAAGGUACUGGAGAAUAUUAAAAGUAAUGGUCAGGGGAUUGAUCCACUGCUGCUCCUCACUAACUUUGGCAUGAUCAAAAUGGACAUAAUCGAUGGCAAAACUCCCAUGUCGGCAGUGACCACGGGAGAGGAGCCGGGGAGCCAGAUGGCAGAGCUCAAAGAUUUGGACAUACACAGUGAAACUAAAGCAAAUAGCGAAGAGAAGAAUGCUCGACAGAGACUUCUGAAUUCCUCUUGCUGACGAUUUUGUUUUUGAACUUCAAAUCUCUGACUUCUGAAACACAGGAUUCAUUUUGACUAAAGCACUCCAUUGGGUUCACAGUUGGUCUGCAGUAAAUGGUUUUCGGUAGUGAUAGUGAGCAUGUCUUAUUGAGCCCCUAAUGAACAUAAUGGUCUACAAAGUGUUAUGGAGGAUUGGUUAACUAUAAGCAAGUGGAGAUAAGUAAAAUGUAGUAGCUGUAUACGUAGAAGUCCAUGUUGAUGAAAAGUAGAGUGUUUGGAAUCUCAGAGACACAUCUUACAGUGCCCACGUGUGAUGGGGCCCAGAGCUUUUACUUGUACAGAGAACAAGUACUUCAGGAGAUUUGUUUUAUUUUGUGAAACAAUAAACAUACCAGGAUAUAAUUUAAUACACAUUUUUCAUGUGCCCUUACUGAUAUUUGGACAAGAAAAGCAUUCGUUGGCUUUUUAGUCAAAGGCCAGCCUGCACCUGGCGGGGUCUUAACUGGGUGUCAGUCUGGUGCCUUGCUCUCGUACACUUGAGCUCUCCUCGCCGUGUUGGCCCUUUAGCUAAUUGCAGUCCUCUAGCCACUGUUCGUUGAACUCUGCUCUGAAGGGCGGCAGGCUCAGGUACUGCUCCAGUUGAAAACUUAAAGGUAAUCUAAAGGAUAUUCAGUUCAUACCACAGUGAUUUCAGUGUAAGAAAGAAAGCUUUAAGAAAAAGCCCAAUAGCAAAUCAAAAUCUGAAUUUAUAGAAGUUAAUACAGUCACUUUCAAGGAGAUUGUUUACAAGAUGCCAUGAAGGCACACGAAACAAACUUUGCUUAAAUGUAUUAACAAAGUUUACAGUGCGGAACACUUUGCCUAAUGUGAACUGAGCACCUAAGUGAUAUUUGCCAUAUGCCUGGAGCCACAACAGCUUACCAGAGUAAGCACAGCUUUUAAAAAUGCAUUUUAAUUUAUACAACGUCAGAAUUAAGGUCCUUUGGGAAGAACAUUCUAGCAUUGAUGGGGUAUUAUAAAAUAAUGCUAUAAAUGGAUGGCUUAGACAAAUACAAGCAUUGCCCUUUAAAGCUAAGGAGAAUUUUAAAAACUGUUCCAAAUUUUGUGUAAAUAUAGCCUUAUGUUCACAUUUUAUACAGAACAUUCUUAACUAAUUUGUUGACCGUCCCAUUUUUUCUUAGAGUUCACACAUUGCUUAAGUGAGUAAUCCUCAGGAACCUCAAAGUUUAUUUUUGGUCCUUAGGGAGAAUUGUUUACCUAAUAAAGUGUGUGUGUGUGUGUGUGUGUGUGUGUGUGUGUGUGUGUAGAGCAGAAGUUAUGUAAGCUGCUGUCUGCCUUUCAGAAUAUACAGAAAAGCAGAUUUUAUUUGUGUUUUAUUUUGUGAUAGUUUCUGAGCUCAAAAGCAAGUGAUAUCAAUUCAAUCAGCUAUAAAUUAUUCUCUUUUAGAUAUGUAUUACUGUUGAAGUAUGUGUGACUUAGAAAUUGUGGUAAUUUAAAUAACAUUUCAUUACAUUUUUAUAUCACUGUAUCAGAGAUGUUCUACCACAAUUCUUUUUAUUCGAAAAUUUGAAGAGUUUUGAAAUGUUUCUAGGCUAUGAUUAUUUUCCCAGAAAGCUUCAUCUUCCCAGUAGGCUCCCCUAAUUGGUAUUUUGAAGUGAUAAAAUGGAUAUUUUAUUCAAGAAGACAAAGAACUCUCUAAGCCCUACCAUAUGUAAUUCUGUCAGAUUUGUGUACUCGGGGUCCUUGACCUCUUGCUGGGAGUUCCAUUGAGCCUGCAGGGACCCCGGCAUCUCAGCAGGCACUGGCAGGAAACAGGAUAGGCCAGUAUCUGCACAGUCUAGUAAAAGACAAGUAAGGCAUUCACAGUACCAAGAGGAGAAAGUGUCUGUGACAGAGGCCCUGCCAGAGAACGGCAAAUCCUCUGUUCUGGGGGGAUGUGUCUCCCUGCUUCUUUUCCUGGCUGCUGAUUUUGAGAAUCUAAUCACAAUUUUUCCAGAGGUAGAUGACCUUCUUAAGGUUCUUUAGCCACAGAUGUUGUAGGUUAAAAUCCACACAAAAUGAUAGCACAGGCAAUGAUUUUGAACAGUAGAAGGACUCAGUUGCCUCCUGUCCUUCCCUUUCACAGGGUGGGAAGAAGAAAGUCUGUGUGGACUGGGCCCUGCUCAUGAAUAACAGACGUAACUCCGAAAGGCUGGGGUAGACAGCUGGUGAUGCACUGUGGCCUGGAAAGUUAAUUCCUCCAUCCCAGGUUGUUGACUUGGAGGACUGCUCUUGAGAACCGGUUUCCAAAGUCGAGAAGAGAGCUUUUAUAAGCACUAGUUGCUUUAUAAAGAGUACACAUAGAAUGCACAUGACCACUGCGGGUCACUACCUUGUUUCUGGCUCAAGUCUCCCUAGUGAGAAGGCUGCUGAAGCAGACGCAGUGUGGCAGUUGGGAGUGGAACAGAUUUUUUUUGGAGGUGGGGGGAACAAAUAUUCUGAGAGCAGUGGUCCAGCACACCUUUAAUUUUACCACCAGUUCAAACAGAAACCUCUAGCAUAGAAAUUCUUCUCCUUUGGGCAGUUACAAGUCCCCCCGCCAACCUAUUUUUCUGUCUUUCUGAGACAGGGUCUUGCUGUGCAAUUCAGGCUGGCCUUCAACUCACUUUGUAGUCCAGGCUGGUCUCGAACUUGCAGUGAUCCUUCUGCUUCAGCCUCCCAAAUGCUGAGAUUUCAGGCAUAUGCCACCAUACCCAGCUCCCCCUUAUAAAUAUUUUUUAAAAACUAUGGACUGGUAUCCUCAGGAAAUACACCAUUUUAAAUGUAUUCCAGAGGUUGUUACAGCUUGUGCAUAUGAGGCAAGAUUUAUUCUAACAGCGAAGGAGCAGCUCCUCUGCAGAGAGUUCUGCCCAUAAGGAAGCUAACGUCAGAAAUGAACGGCCUUCACUUCCUAGGACGGAACAAAGUCAGUAAUAUGAUAGGAAGCCGCGGUCUGGGCAUAGCGAAGCUCCCAGUACUGACUGCUGUUUUCCCUCUGGCCUACAUCUCAUCAUCAUCUCCAUUGAAAGAAUUGUUCAGAAUAGAUCAAAGAUGAGAGUGUUUUGGGGUUUGGGGUUUGAUGGUUUUGCUUUUUGUUUUUUGUUUCUUGUGAAGGGGUCUCACUGUGUAGUUCAGGCUGGCCUUGAGCUUACUGUGUAGCACACACAGUGAUCUUUGUGCCUGUGCUUCCAAAGUGCUGGGGUUACAGGUGUGUGCCACCAUGCACAGCUGCACCACCAGGCCUGGCAAGAGCUUUUAUCCGUUGCUGCAUCACCCAUUCCUGAAACAGUGACCAACAUACAGUAGGCCACAAAUAUUUGAGUAAAUGCUGUUAGGAUAAAUCCUAGUGUGUUGGCAACUGUAGUUUGAUUUUAAAAGGCAUGUAGUCCUCGGCAGGGAAGAGGAGAGGGGAAGCUCAUUUAGCCUCUUGGUAGGAAUGUUUUGGCAAAUGAACAGCUUUCCAUUAUAAGUAGUGACAGUCUUGUGCUUUUUAUUGUGGAGUGAGUCAUGACUACUUUUCAAGUUCAAUAAAAGUUCACUGUUGUCUUGCAGUAAGAAAAUUGAAGUUUGAAAGGUUUUAGUCUCAGUAAUUCCCCAGAAUAAAUCUCUUGAAUGGAAAUGUGGAUUGAAAUGUGCAAUUACCAGUAAUUGAGGUUUUAUCUGAGGGCAGUGAGAUGAAAUGGCUCUUUUGGGGGCACUCUUUGGUGCCCUUCUCUCUUUAUUGCAAGCACAGUGAAACCUUUUUUUUAAAAAAAGGUGCUAACACAGAUACUGUUGUGUCACAUGUGGAAUGUAACAUACUGAUUUGUGAUUGGUUUACCUGCAUGCUUUAAAUUAAAUGUGUUGGUGAGUCCCCUUUUAAAAAUCUAUAAAAAUCCUUUGUGACUAAAGCAACCGGUGUGCUUAGUAAUUGUGUUUCAAGUUCCUGUAAGUUGUCUUCAUGUCUUAAGGUGCUUGUUUCUCUUCCCACCAGAGGAGAAAUUCCUUGUAGGAUUCUACAGUGUUAGAAGCAUUUCCUACAAAGCCUGAAAUAAUCAGCUCCUCCUUAACAAUUUGCCUUUUAAAGCUAUAAUUAGAAUUUAAUGAUAUUCACCAAAGUGGUACUCUCUGUGUAAGUUAAAUUCUCUUUAAUGACUAAAUGUCUUCCAAACUUUUGAAGAAGGCCAGGUUUAUAGCUCAGUAGCCUAAGCACCUGCCGGCAAGUGCAAGGUCCUGAGUUUGAUUCCAGGUACCCUGCCCCCCUCAAAAAAAAACUGAAGAAAAAUAUGUGUUAUUUUUGCUGUGCCAUUUGAGAAUGCUGCCAACAUGUGAAGAAAGACUUUAAAAAUUAAGAUCGUCCUGGAUUUAAUUUCAUUGUAACUGAAGAUGAGCACAAAUGAUGAUGUUAAGAAAUGAUCCUUUCAGAAAACAAAAAUUUUGAAGGCCUUGUACUUCGGUAGUUGUCACUACUGUAUUUCAUAUUUCCAAAGGAGUCACUGGCCAACCUCUGCAUUCUGGUUCUUCUGCCUGCAUUUAAAGUAGGCUCAAGUUAAAGCUGCUGUGUCUGUAGAUAGUGUUUUUGUUCUGCAUCAUGGUGUCUAUCUAAAUAAAACUUCUCUGGGUAAUAAAAA